AUGACCAAGCUGGAGGAGAUGAUGAGGAAGCAAUCAAGUCAUUUUAAAGCAUUUUCACGUGCAUUAACAAGCAUCGACGUGGAUAAACUCAGUGAGAAAUGGGAGUAUGAAGAUGCUUUAACUACAAUCAAGGCCCGUUGGAAGGCCGUCGAUACCUUGCACUGGGAAAUUGACAGUGAAACACACAAAAUGCGGUUCCUCAAAGGGAAAUUAAGAGGUGAGCCGGAAAUGCUAGUUCAACAUCUACAAAUAAGUUCAGAAAAUUUUCUCGCCAGUUGGGAGAUACUAAAUCACCGAUAUAAUAAUAAGAAGCUCAUAUUCACCUCACAUAUCAAAACCAUCAUGAACCUAACAACCAUUCAACAACCGUCGUCGCAUCUUUGA